CUCUAAUACUGUUAUUUUAUACUUUCUGACGAGUAAAUUCUAUUCCGUUCUCUUUGUAUCAUGGGAUAAAUACCGCGUUACGUUCUUAUCAGCCUUUUCUUGAGUCAGAGAACCAGAAUUUAACUGCUACCGAAAGGAUUCACAGAAACUUGCAUUAGCAAAGUCGAAGAAUGUCGUGGGUUCUCGAACUUGCUCAAGCUGGAAGGAAUUUGACCGGUUUGCCGGGAGCUUGGAGGUGCACUGGUCGAAACAACGAAGAGAUGGUAGAUAAGCUAGUACAUAUGGGUGUUAUAAGCAGCAAAGAAGUAGAGGAGGCGUUCCGAACGGUUCCUAGAGGGGCCUUCGUCCCCCCAGACUUACAGCUGGAAGCUUACAUUGAUUCACCUCUGGUCGGAGACCCACACGUACAUAUGUCUGCACCACAUAUGUACGCUACUGUCCUAGAAGCCCUUGAUUUGUCUCCAGGCUUGUCAUUCCUCAAUAUUGGUAGUGGUACUGGUUAUUUCUCCUGCCUAGCAGGCUAUAUUCUGCAAGCCCAUGGUGUCAGUCAUGGAAUUGAACUUCACGAGGAUCUUGUACAAUUUGCAAAGGAUAGAGUGGAGGAAUACUUUCGCUUCUGUCCUUCUGUAGCGUAUGACAUUUGUCCUCCCAAGUUUAUAGCUGGAAACUGUUUUCGGUUGGAUCCAGUCGGAUGUAGUUAUGACAGGGUCUAUUGUGGGGCAGCUUGUCCACCCAAUAAAGUUUCAUUCAUUUUGGGAUUGAUCAAAAUUGGUGGCUUUGUAAUACUUCCUUGUAGAGAUCGGUUGCUGAAGAUUGAAAGGAUUUCGGACACUGGAGUAAAACAGACUUGUAUCAGUGAGGUAUCAUUUGCCCCUCUGGUGAUGAUGCCUGACAGCGAGUCUGAUGCUCCUAAGCUUAACUUUCCAAAGGAAAAUCCAAGAAGUAAACCAAAGACUCGGAAGGUUUACCCACCAGCUGAUGUUCUUGUCAGUCGUGGACAGGCCAGAACAACUUUAGCCAGGCUGAGGGCUCUUCAAGAAGCAAGUGAAUGCCUACACUCUUCCCAACCUCUUCCUGUACCAUUCUGUUAUGUUCCAUGUCAACAACAGAUCCAGCAGUACUUCAAUAAGAAAUCAAAACUAAAAAAGCAGCCAAGUUCUGUUGUCACAUCACCUGUUGAUAGAAAGAUUUGUUUCUUUGGCUCCCAAGAAGACACAAGAGUUUCUAGCGUGGAUCAGACUGGUUCUGAGAGUGUCUGGGGCCAUCUGCAGGAGGAUAAAAUAUGGCAGACUGUAUUAGAAUAUUACUAUAGUGUGUGUAAUGUAUCCAGUGACAAGAGAUCGCAAACACUGAAUGUUUAUAUCAAGAAACGAGUGAAACAAAAAAGUGAAAAGCAGGAAGGCAAGAAGAGCUUGUCUUAUGCUGAGAUUGUUCAUAAGCUUGGGAUUCCUACUGUGAACCCAACGCAUACAAAAGUCUUGAAGGAAGAAUCUCCAAACACUGAGAAGAACAGAACUGAAUUGUGCAAAGUGCCAUGUACAAUAACUUCCUCUUCUGCUCCAAAUGGCAGUAGGUUUUUACAAGGCAGUGGUUCAAUGGAGAAUUCUUCAUGUGACUUGUCUUCAAAUUUGUCUCUGAAUACUCUACUUAUGAAUGAGACAAAAGAAGGAAGUGAAAUUGAUUCAUGUCAAACAAGUUGCUGCGAUAAACAAGAACAGCCAAGAAUUCCAGACAAUUGUCAAGCAGAGGAAAACUCAUCUUGUAAAUCUUGCUCAGAGCAAGAUGUCACCGGUCAACCAAUCUUAUCAAAUGAGUGUAGAACUCCUCGUUCAAAACCUGAAGGGAAGAUCCCACGGCAUUCAAAGGUUCUUAUAGAAAUGGAGAAAGCUCACAUGGCCAGAUUAUCUGCUUUGCCAUCAAGCAGCUGGAACUUCACUCAUGACCUUGUUCUUGUGCACUUUUUGUGUGAAGUUCAUGAAAAAAUGAAUCAAGGAAAAUGCAAAGGUUGGUUCAAAACAGAUGGUGUUAUUUCAGAACUGUUUUCCAAGUCAAGUGUCAUGAACCAUCCGCAGCUCUCUUGUUUCUCACCUGAGAGUUUAGCUUACCGGGCCAUUGCUCUGUGUAGAGUUGCUCAAAUUCUAGACUCAGUAUUGUAUCUUGUUAGUGGCCCAUCUGUUUUAAGAGACCAAAGUUUUUCUUCAAACAAAUUCAAGCUCGAAUCUUUCGUGGAUUCCUCCUUCAUGUCAUCAUGGCUGUUUUUGGAGACAGGUGGAAUUCAAAGCCCGGUGUUAGAGGGGAAAGAUGUUUUUUCAGAGGGUGGUAUGAAGGAAAAGGCUUGUGAUGGACUGAAUGAAAAGAAGAAGAAAAAACAAGAGGUGAAUCUUAAAAAAAUUAGUGCCUCACUGGCUUCCCUUGAAAAGUACAAGGAACAACUCAAGGCAGUGAAGAAAAAGAUCCAUUUUAUAGAAGAACAAAAGCAACUAGUUCACAGCAUCAGAGAGCAGGAGCUAUCUCCGGAAACAUCUGUUGACUUGGAUGGUGUCGAUGUGAAGCUACAGCGAAAUGAACUGUUACUGAAACAGCAGAAACAAGAACAUUACAGAGGAAAGUUGCUGGCUUUGUUAAGGAAACUGAAGGAGGAGGAAAAACAGUUGGCUAAGAAGAUAGAGUGUGCUUCAGAAGUUUCAAAGGAGGAACUGAUUGAUGUUCAACAGAAAAGUUCCUCCUCUUCGCUGCAGCCAGAUGCCAAGCACCACCAGCUACCUGUGGAACCAUGUCAGAAAUGGAGUGUUCGCCUGACGAACCAGGAAACUGACAGCAGUAAUUCAGUCCGCUAUGACUUGCCAUCCUUGUUACCAAAACUGCGGUUCUUGUUGCCUCUUUGUAAUCAGCGAUGGCGUCUGGUUCAAGAGCUGUUGCACACGACAGAACUUUCCGCGCCUGAUUACAUGCCCGUGAUAUUGGUGGAUAGGAGAGUGCCGCUGAACGAGCGUCAUGCUGACUUAAGAAGCAGUGUUUUCCAGCAGGUGUACCAAGAGCUGAGAGGCGAGAAGCUUCAUUUUCGAUGGAACAAGUGGAAGUAUGACCAGUGGUGGGAAGUGAAAUUCCUCGGUGAAGGAAUCAUUGAUCAGGGUGGUGGCUUCCGCGACUCUUUGGCUGAGUUAUCCGACGAGUUGUGUCCACCUGAAGAACACAUACCGGACGUGCUGCCGUAUUUGAUCAGAACUCCUAAUAGCAAGGAGAAGAGGGGAGAUUUAUUAGACUGUUUCAUACCCAAUCCAUCUUGUGACUCACUGCACAUGUUCCACUGGCUGGGGGUCCUCAUGGGAGGUACGUUCCGCAGUGAUGAAAGCCUCACUGUGGCGUUCCCGCCUUUUGUAUGGAAACUGAUCGUCGGCGAGCACGUCACGUGGGCCAAAGACUACGUGGCUAUUGAUGAAGCCGCUGUUCAAAUCACUGAUGAACUGGAAGUCCAGGACGAGGCCUCCUAUCUAAGUACGUGGGGCAGCGAAUGUACCUUCUCCACUGUACUGAGUGACGGCCGACGUGUAGAAUUACUCCCAGGAGGAGAGGAGAGAGUAGUAAAACCUGAAGAGAGAGAACAGUAUGCAGCUUUGGUGAGAAGAGCCCGGAUGACUGAAUUUACAAAACAGGUUCAAGCCAUCAGAGAAGGUUUAAUGUCAAUCAUUCCUGAGUCUGUUCUUUCGCUUCUUACUUGGAGUAACUUGGAGAAAGGAGUUUGUGGAGACCGAGAAAUUUCCGUUGAACAGCUAAAAACAGCUUGUAAAUACGGUGAUGACUUGACCGAGUCCUCUGAGUCUGUGAAACAUCUGCGUGCAGUUCUAACCCAGUUCACCUCUGAGGAGCGAAGUCGAUUCCUUCGUUUUGUGACUGGACGCAAGAGGCCUCCUGCUCCUUUUACUGUGGCUAAAGCUGGUGGAGACAAGGACAGCCUCCCCCAUGCCUCCACCUGUGCCAGCACACUGUUCCUUCCAGAGUACUCCUCUUCUGCUAUCGCAAAGGAAAAGCUGAGCUAUGCCAUCUCAAAUUGUGUGGCCAUCGACACUGAUACAAGCCCCUGGUGAACCCUUGAACUGCAAAUGUGAACUGAGGGGGAAAUCAGAAAUGUCAGGCUGUCUGCCCGAAUGUGAGAGCCACGUUUUAGAAGUGUAAGAAGGUCCGACUGACUGUGUAGCUGUUAAUAUUUGAAUAACGCUCGUUAGAAGAGCACAUGGUGUCAUUUAAUCAGUUCAUCUGAAGUGUAAUGACUAGUUACAUUUCUCGACAAACAGUGUUUCAGGCAAGAGAUAGAUUUCGUCCCUCACAUAGUAGUUACGCACUUUAUGGGAAAUGGGAGACAAUAUCUGGUUAGCACUGCCCUUAAAGGAUAGGCCCCAUUUCUGAUGUGCCCGCUGAUCACUCCUCUGGUCAUGCGCAGUGAGGCUGCGCAAAUUGCGCCAACAAGGCUGCGCAGUGAUCUUUAAAGGGAAGUAUGUUCCAGAAACCAGGAAUUUUAUCUCCAUCUUUGAAAAGACGAAUGAAAAAAUUUGCAACUUAUUGCAUUUUAGAUUUUAAAGAGUAACCUGAAAUUUUCUUGAUUUCACACGCGGUUUUCAAUGGUAGGAAAAAAUCGUGUUUUCUGGAGUGUACUAGUCUAUUUAGAGGUAAACAGUAUCUUUUAACAUGGUUUUCCAAGCUAUGGUAUUUAAAUAAUCAACUCUCAAGGAACAAAGAAAAAUGCCUCUCUUAAUAAUGGAUUGAGUAAAGUCAGUUCCUCAAACUUUGGUUAAUUUUAUGCUAUCUAAAGAGAUUAGUCUCAUUUAUUGUGAUGCAUUGCCACAAUAUUACUCAAGAAUGACAAUUAUUUGAUUGAUAUGCAUAAUGACAGGAGAAAUGGCUCCUGAUAAUGAAUAACAUUAUUUUAUGGGACUAAAGUGAAACACUUUGUGCGGAAAAGAAAUAUCCCGACUUACUUACAAUUUUAAUGCUAGAAAUGAUAAAUGAUAAAUGAUUAAUUCGAGAACUUUCUCGAAUUUAGUAUUUUAUUGGAUCUUAAAGCAGUUGCUACGCGACAACGAUCCAGGCUAGAAAUUCUUUUCAGUUUGCGUUUCCAUGUAACACCAGAGGCUCUUACUAGACAGGUAGUUCUUGAUCUUAACCCUACUUAAAAGGGAACUUGACCAGAAAUACUUUCGAGAAGGACGUUUUGAUUCCCAAAGGUUACCCCACAAGUGUUUCGAGAAAUUCAUCAAUGAUUUGUGAAAUACUGAUAGCAUUAAUGUUUAGUUAGUGGUGUGUCUGUGGUAUUUGCGGGUGGAAAUUGUAACAUGCACUGAAAAUAAAUUAUAAACUAUUUAUGCCAUCAACAGCCCAGAAAAUCAGCGGUCAGUACUGCAAGCUCUCACUCAAAACUAGCUGCGUAAAAUUUAAGUCAAAUAACCCAUUUCCGAAUUACCUUAAAACCUCCUUUUAAAAGCGAGUCCUGUUGCUUGUUCUUUCAUAUGAUUAUAAGUUUUCAUUCACAUGCAAAUUAAACCUAUUUACGCAAGAAUGGCUGAGCACUGGGCCUCGUUUCAGAAAAGAAGCCAAGGGUAAUUCGGAAAAAGCCGAUUGUUAGUGUUUAAAAGUAAGAAAUAUAAAGUAUUUUUACUAAUGCGAGGAAAUACAAUGUUAUAUUACUUAACUAUAUAUUUGGUACGCUUGCAAUAGUACUCAGUUAUUUAGGAAGCCAAAUAAAUACUUGACAUAUCA